AUGGCUCUCAGGGUGCCCACGAUGGGCUCGGGACUCUUCAAGGAGGGAAUGAAGAUGCACUCGGGCAUCGAGGAGGCCGUUAUCAGGAACAUCCACGCUGUCGCUGAGCUUGCCGAGAUUGUCCGGACAUCUUUCGGCCCGAACGGCCGCAACAAGAUGGUCAUCAACCACCUCGAGAAGCUCUUUGUCACGUCCGACGCGGCGACCAUCAUCCGCGAACUCGAGGUCGUCCAUCCGGCGGGAAAGGUGUUGGUCAUGGCGAGUCAGCAGCAGGAACAUGAGAUGGGCGACCGAACCAACCUCGUCUUGAUCCUCGCCGGCGAGCUCUUGCGCAAGGCGGAGUACCUCCUCACGAUGGGCCUCCACCCGUCCGAGGUGGUCUUGGGCUACGAGCUUGCGCGGGAUAAGGCCAUCGAGGAGUUGGAGAAGUUGACGGUCCGCACGCUCGAGACGCCCUUGACGGAGGAGAGCUUGAAGGUUGCGAUUCGCCCGACGCUCGCGGCGAAGCAGUAUGGAUCGGAGGACCUCUUGUCGAACCUUGUUGCGGAGGCUGUCAUGGCUGUCAUGCCGAAGGACCCGCGGGCGUUCAACGUCGACUCGGUGCGCGUGGUCAAGAUCAUGGGAGGCGGGUUGAGCCAGAGCCGCGUGAUCAAGGGUAUGGUGUUCGGUCGCGAGCCGGAAGGGACCGUCCACAAGGCCGUCAACGCCAAAGUCGGCGUCUUCACCUGCGGCAUCGACAUCGCCCAGACCGAGACCAAGGGCACUGUUCUCCUCAAGAACUCGGAGGAGCUCCUCAACUUUUCGCGCGGCGAGGAGAAGCACAUGGAGAAGAUCUUCCAGGAAAUCGCCGACUCGGGACUCAACGUCAUCGUCGCCGGCUCGACGGUGGGCGAACUCGCCCUUCACUACCUUCAACGCCACAACAUCCUGGUAGUGAAGGUGCUGAGCAAGUUCGACCUUCGCCGUCUCUGCCGGGUUGUUGGCGCGACUCCCCUCGCGCGUCUUGGCGCCCCGACUCCGGACGAGAUGGGUCAGUGCGACGUCGUCGAGGCAGUCGAGAUCGGCGGCGACCGCGUCACCGUCUUCCGCCAGUCUGAGGAGGCGACCCGCACCGCGACCGUUGUCGUGCGCGGCGCGACCACGAACCAGAUGGACGACAUCGAGCGCGCGAUCGACGACGGCGUCAACGUCGUCAAGGGCCUCAUCAAGGACUCGCGACUCGUCGCUGGUGCAGGCGCGACGGAGCUCGAACUCGCGAAGCGUGUCGCCGAGUUUGGCGAGAAGACGCCUGGACUCGCGCAGCAUGCGAUCAAGCGCUUCGCCGAUGCUCUCGAGGUCGUGCCCAGGACGCUUGCGGAGAACGCUGGACUCGACGCGACGGAGGUCCUGAGUCGCUUGUACGCCGCGCACCAGCAGACAGACGACGGAGUUGUUGGUGUCGACAUCGAGGGCGAGAAUGGCGGCAUCCUCGACGCAAGCAAGGCGGAGAUCUACGACUUGCUCGCAGCGACCCGAUGGGCCCUGAGGUAUGGAACGGAUGCGGCGGUUUCCAUCUUGCGCGUUGACUCGAUAAUCAUGUCCCGUCCGAGUGGCGGCCCGGCUCCCCCCAAGCAAAACCCGAACUGGGAUGAAGACUGA